GGACCGCGCUCUGCCUCACGUGGUGGCUGUGUCGUCAGAUGGCGUCUCCGAUCAUGGACGAACCACCUUCUGAUGUGCUUGCAUUUCUGCGCCAGCACCCCAGCUUGAGACUGCUGCCCAACACCCACAAGGUACGCUGCUCGCUAACUGGUCAUGAGCUUCCCUGCCGUCUGCCGGACCUCCAAGUCUACACUAGCGGCAAGAAGUACCAGCGGCUCUCAAGUGCCUUCUCUGCCUUCGAUUACACAGCGUUCGAGCCACACAUUGUGCCCAGCACAAAGAAUCGGCACCAACUGUUCUGCAAACUCACCCUGAGGCACAUCAACAAGUCCCCAGAACAUGUGCUGAGGCACACUCGGGGCCGGAGGUAUCAGAGAGCACUUCAAAAAUAUGAAGAGUGUCAGAAACAAGGGGUGGAGUAUGUGCCUGCCUGCCUUCUACACAAGAGGAAGAAGAGGGAGGACCAGAUGGAUGUCGAUGACCUCCCAGGCCAGAGAACAGAAUUCUGGGAACCAACUUCCAGUGACGAGGGAGGCGCCUUGAGUGAUGACAGCAUGACAGACCUAUACCCACCUGAGCUGUUCACAGAGAGAGAACUGCUCAAGCCUGAAGACUUUCAGACAGACCAACAGGAGAAGCCCAAACAGUCAGAAAAGAGCACUACAGAGAGAGAAGCCAAAGUGGGCCACAAGAGGGGCCGUAAACUCAGGAAGAAGGAGCUCACCCCGUUGACCAAGAAGUUCAAAAGCCAUCAUCACAAGCCCAAGAACUUCAGUUCCUUUAAGCAGCUAGGGAGCUGAAGCCUGUAAAGAAAGCCUUUGGGUGUCCUUGGAACUGGCCACUGAUGUCCUGACACUGGCUGCUGUCCAGAGUGGGCCUGGAGGUUCUGUUCAGAAGAUAGCGGCAUCAGCGGGGUUGAAGAUUCCUCUCCGUGCGUGGCUUUCUUCAUAGUGUUCAGUGACCCUUGCUGUAGCUUACUGUAGCAUCCUGAGCCUGGCCAGGUCCCCGGCCCUGGCUGGUCACCACAUAGGACCACACUGUACACCAAAUGCCAUUAUUUAUUUUGAUGUUUCCAAAGAUCAAAACAUUUCAAACACAACUAAGAUAUAAAAUACAGCAUAAAAAUGAGGUUUAUACCUAUUCCCACAUAAAGCUAAAGCAUUUUCAGAAAA